UCGGACCUCGGCCGCUGCCUCCGGGUCUGGCAGAGCUCGGGGGUAUUGGGUUGAAGCGGUGGUAACUGCGGCCCUGAUCCCGAGCGCCGGGGCCUCGAGCGGAUAAAGGUCUACGGCCUGCAGAUUCUUUACCAUCUGAGCUCCAGGAAAAUCCCAAACUUCAAUUUACAGAAAAGGAAAUUGAGGCGUACAGAGGAUAAGGACCUUGGCCAAAUGAGAAAGGAUCAGAACUGAAAAAAACCAAAGGCGGCUUUGACCCAGGGCUUUCUCUGCUAUACACAGCCUUUCCUUUCAUCCUCCAGGGCAUUUAGCAGAUGACGAAGAUAAGACGAAGCCCUGCCUAUAAAACUCAAUCCAAAAUCUGGAUUUUUUUUCUUUUGCAAGAAAAGACAAGCUCCUCUGAAGUGAGAAGCCGCCCUCAGCCGUGAGUCCUGUGUAAGAUCACUAAUGAUUACCUGACGUUUCUGCGUCACCAGCAGGUCCUCAGGGUUUGUGCAAGUUUGCAAACAUGUUCACCGUUUCUCAGACCUCGAGAGCUUGGUUUAUCGACAGAGCCCGUCAGGCUCGAGAGGAAAGGCUGGUGCAGAAGGAACGAGAACGGGCGGCCGUGGAGAUUCAGGCCCACAUACGGAGCUUUCUCUGUCGGCGUCAACUGCAAAGAGAAAUCAGGAGAGAGAUUGAUGAGUUUUUUAAAGCAGAAGACUCUGGGUCCAGUAAAAGAAGCGCACUUUGUAUUUUUAAGAUUGCCAGGAAACUGCUGUUCUUGUUCAGAAUUAAAGAGGAUAAUGAGAGAUUUGAGAAGUUGUGUCGCUGCGUCCUGAGCAGCAUGGAAGCUGAGAACGAACCCAAGGUGUGGUACGUGUCCCUGGCUCUUUCCAAGGAUCUCACUCUCCUAUGGAUUAAACAGAUCAAAGACAUCCUGUGGUAUUGCUGUGAGUUUCUUGAGCAGCUCAAGCCGGAAAUUUUACAAGACUCCAAACUCAUCACCCUUUACCUCACGAUGCUUGUCACCUUCACGGACACUUCAACGUGGAAAAUUCUCCGGGGAAAAGGUGAGAGUCUUCGACCAGCCAUGAACCACAUUUGUGCAAACAUAAUGGGCCAUCUCAACCAGCGUGGGUUCUACCCUGCUCUGCAGAUCCUGCUAACCCGUGGCCUGGCGAGACCCCGGCCUUGUCUGUCCAAAGGCACUUUAACAGCGGCCUUUUCCCUAGCAAUGCGCCCCGUGCUUGCUGCACAGUUUUCAGACAAUCUGAUCCGGCCGUUCCUCGUCCACAUCGUGUCCGUGCCCGCCCUUGUGACUCAUCUCAGCACCGUGACCCCCGAGCGCCUCACUGUUUUAGAAUCUCAUGACAUGCUCCGUAAAUUCAUCGCGUUUUUAAGAGACGAAGAUCGAUGCCGUGACGUGUGUGAAAGCUUGGAAGGAUGCCAUACGCUUUGUCUCAUGGGCAACCUCCUGCACCUGGGCUCCCUCAGCCCCAGGGUGUUAGAGGAGGAGACGGACGGCUUCGUGAGUCUGCUCACCCAGAUGCUCUGCUACUGUCAGAAGUACGUGUCCCAGAAGAAGUCCAACCUGACCCACUGGCACCCCGUCCUCGGCUGGUUCUCCCAGUCCGUGGACUACGGCCUCAACGAGUCCAUGCCCUUGAUCACCAAGCAGCUGCAGUUCCUGUGGGGGGUGCCUCUCAUCCGGGUCUUCUUCAGCGACAUCCUGAGCAAGAAGCUGCUGGAGAACCAGGAGCCAGCCCAUGCGCCGCCAGCCUCACCGCAGAACGUGCUGCCCAUGAAGACUCUCCUGAAGCGAGCGUUUCAGAAGUCAGCGUCAGUCCGCAACAUCCUGAGGCCCGUCGGGGGCAAGCGCGUGGACUCCACGGAGGCGCAGAAGGUCUGCAGGACCUGCGUCCUCUACCAGACCUCGCUGGCGACUCUCACCCAGAUCCGGCUGCAGGUCCUCACAGGUCUCACGUACCUCGAUGACCUGCUGCCCAAACUGUGGGCGUUUAUCUGUGAGCUGGGGCCCCACGGAGGGCUGAAGCUCUUCCUGGAGUGCCUCAACAAUGACACGGAGGAGUCUAAGCAGCUUCUGGCCAUGCUGAUGCUGUUCUGUGACUGUUCCCGGCACCUCAUCACGAUCCUCGAUGACAUUGAAGUUUAUGAAGAACAGAUUUCAUUCAAACUGGAAGAGCUGGUCACCAUCUCCUCUUUUCUGAACUCCUUUGUGUUUAAGAUGAUCUGGGAUGGAAUCGUAGAGAAUGCCAAGGGCGAGACCCUGGAGUUGUUCCAGUCCGUCCACGGGUGGCUGAUGGUGUUGUACGAGCGGGACUGCCGGCGGCGCUUCGCGCCCGAGGACCACUGGCUGCGAAAGGAUCUCAAGCCCAGCGUGCUCUUCCAGGAACUUGACAAGGACAGAAAGCGGGCCCAGCUGAUCCUGCAGUACAUCCCACAUGUCAUUCCUCACAAAAAUAGAGUUCUCCUGUUCCGAAGUAUGGUGACCAAGGAGAAAGAGACACUGGGGCUUGUAGAAACCAGCUCGGCCUCCCCGCACGUCACCCACAUCACCAUCCGCCGGUCCCGGAUGCUGGAGGACGGCUACGAGCAGCUCCGGCAGCUCUCGCAGCACGCCAUGAAGGGCGUCAUCCGCGUCAAGUUUGUCAACGACCUCGGGGUGGACGAGGCCGGGAUUGAUCAAGACGGUGUUUUCAAGGAGUUCUUGGAAGAGAUCAUCAAGAGAGUGUUCGACCCAGCACUCAAUCUGUUCAAGACGACCAGUGGAGACGAGAGACUCUACCCUUCGCCCACGUCCUACAUCCAUGAGAAUUACCUGCAGCUCUUUGAGUUUGUGGGCAAGAUGCUGGGGAAGGCGGUGUACGAGGGAAUCGUGGUCGACGUGCCCUUUGCAUCCUUCUUCCUGAGCCAGCUGCUCGGGCACCACCACAGCGUCUUCUACAGCUCUGUGGAUGAGCUGCCCUCUCUGGACUCGGAGUUCUACAAAAACCUCACAUCCAUCAAGCGGUACGAUGGGGACAUCGCUGACUUGGGCCUGACGCUGUCAUAUGAUGAGGAUGUCAUGGGUCAGCUUGUUUGCCAUGAACUGGUUCCUGGAGGGAAGACCAUUCCUGUUACAAAUGAAAAUAAAAUUAGCUACAUCCAUCUGAUGGCCCACUUUCGAAUGCACACGCAAAUCAAGAACCAGACAGCUGCCCUCAUUAGCGGCUUCCGUUCCAUCAUCAAGCCUGAGUGGAUCCGGAUGUUCUCGACCCCUGAGCUGCAGCGACUCAUCUCUGGGGACAACGCCGAGAUUGAUCUGGAAGAUCUGAAGAAGCACACAGUGUACUACGGUGGUUUCCAUGGGAGCCACAGAGUCAUCAUCUGGCUCUGGGAUAUCCUGGCCUCUGACUUCACGCCCGACGAGAGAGCCAUGUUUCUGAAGUUUGUGACGAGCUGUUCCCGGCCCCCGCUCCUGGGAUUCGCCUACCUCAAGCCUCCUUUCUCCAUCCGCUGUGUCGAAGUGUCGGACGAUCAGGACACGGGGGACACCCUGGGCAGCGUCCUCCGGGGCUUCUUCACCAUCCGCAAGCGGGAGCCAGGCGGCCGCCUGCCCACCUCCUCCACCUGCUUCAACCUUCUCAAGCUGCCCAACUACAGCAAGAAGAGCGUCCUGCGGGAGAAGCUACGCUACGCCAUCAGCAUGAACACAGGCUUCGAGCUCUCCUAGCCCCUGUCCUGCUGACUCAAGGCUCCCAGGCAGCCUCGGCUCUUCUCUAUAGCCAUGAGACGCCCCUGUGGCCUCAAGAACCUGGAUGCAUGUGAGGAUGCGACCCAGCGCUCUCCAGGUGACACUAACGGGAAGCUGGUAUUGGAAAUAAACCUCCAGAUUCGGCCAUCAUCGGUCCCUCUUUCCUGCUUUCCAGGGGCCUCAUGCCCAGGCCUGUGAUGGCAGCCAGGCUUCUCUUUUUGAUAGUCUGGUCUUUUUGUGAGUCUUUCUGGUCCUUAACUUCCUGAGUGAGCCGUGCAUGAACAAGUCCCAGGAACCCCCAGGCUCCAGAGUGGUUUUCAGGGCGUGGGCCUGAACCCACCAAGCCGACCAGGCGGGAGAUGCUUCCCUUCCGUUUCUGAAAACUCUCAGGUAAGGCCUCGCCAUGCCUCUAUGCACCCGGCAGUCUCGACCUCCGGCCCUUCCGCAGCGGCCUCUCUGCAGCCAGCCAGGCCCGCCGGCUCCCAGGGCAGCAGAGGCACCUGCCGGGGAGACCGUGGGGCGCCGGGGAGACCGUGGGGCACCGGGAGCUAGGGGUGCUGUUCCCACCUGGGAGCCCCGUGUUCCCACAGCAGCGGUCCCCUGCCCACUCUCCCCUCAGGGGCUCCCGAGUCCUCAGCGGCCCGCUCCCAUCUUGGGCACUCACGUCGGCAUCCUGAGCUUGGGAGAGAAAACCCAUCGGUCCUUAAGAGCAGCUGCUUCCAGUGGGCGCUGGCUGCUUGUUGGCCACCCUUACAGUCCAGUGAGGGACAAACACCAGCUGAAGGUCCCUGUCCCGUCUGGCAGUGGCUUCACUCCAUAGAUGGUAGAAGUCCUCAGAAACGUGGGUCUUGUUCCCCGUCCUUCCUCGGCACCGGGAGCCCUUGACGCUGACGGGGGCUCACAAGGCCGAGGAAACAUGAGGGCACUCUGGGGUGGUGGUUGGUGUUUUGCCUCGUUUUCUCCUCCAAACCAUUGCACUCAUCUGCUGUCAGCUUCACCUUUGUCACGAGAACUGUGCUCCAGAUCCAGGGAAAAGAGGCAGAAGCCUUGUCAGUGUCUGUGUAGACAGCCAUGCGGAGUAGGCACUGGCGACCCACUCCAGUGCUCUUGCCUGGAAACUCCCAUGGACCGAGGAGCCUGGUGGGCUGCAGUCCAUGGGGUUGCGAAGAGUCGGAUGUGACUGAGUGACUUCAGUUUCACUUUUCCCUUUUAUGCAUUGGAAAAUGAAAUGGCAAGCCACUCGAGUGCCCUUGCCUGGAGAAUCCCAGGAACUGGGGAGCCUGGUGGGCUGCCGUCUAUGGGGUCGCACAGAGUCGGACACGACUGAUGUGACUGACUUAGCAGCAGCAGCGGACAGCCAUGCAUCCUCGCCCGCCUCACCACACUCCCUGUGUGUCCCUGCCACCCAGACUGAAGUCACACGAGAGGUCAGGAGCGCCCAGUCCCUCAGCCCUGCGGAGCCAGUGGAGGGCGCCCCACAGAACUCCUCCAAGCAGAGGAAAAAAAAAAAAAAAAAACCCUUCCAGAAAGAACCUUCAUGUUGGUGGCAAAGCAGGCAGGACCUAUCUCCGUGGCCUCUGGCAGGGGGUCUCAGCUGGGUAGCGGCGUCCUCCCCAGGCCUAGGCUGGCCCUGUUAGAGCCCCUGGCUUCUAAAAAACAGAGCGCAUGUUUUCCCUGAUGGGAAGACGGCAAGGAAUCUAAGGACAGACAGGAAUUUAUUAUUAUUUAAGAUAUGUUAGUAACCUCAGAUUCUGUGGACUUGCCAGUAUCUAAACACUCAGUUCCUUUGAAACUCUCUUCUACACGUGUGUGUCGUGCUCUGGGCAGGUGGGUACAUUUGUGCCGGUGCCUGAAGGACUGUGAGCCUACAUGAAGAGGUUUGAUGUGUGUUCCCUAGGAGUCUGCCGGGCGGGAUCGCAGACAGUGGUUUUUGUGCGCCAGCGUCAGCUUCGCUCUUUUGAUGAAGAGGGGUAGUUUGUAAUUCAUUUAGCUUCUGGCUGGCAGUACUGCACUAAUAAAGACCCGAAUCUGUACUUUUCUAGCUGGUGUUCACAGACACCAUAAUGGCUCUUGAUGGCUCUAAAAAGUUGCGGGGGGUGGGGUUGUUUUCAUAGAUAACUUAUGGACUAAAACAUGAUCAAAGACAAUUAAAUUUGUAUUUCAGCACACAGUGGCA